GUUCGGUUGAAUACGAGCAAAGCUAAAGUACUUAAUAAAAACUUAACAAAUCAAAACAAAAACUAGAAAAACACAAAAACGAGUUCGAAUUAUAAAAACAUAUAUAUACAUAAAUUUAUAUAUACAAAAAUAUAGAGGAGCAAGCGUUAAACUAGUGCAAAAAAGCAAGCGAAUAGAGAGACAGAGCCGACGACCAUCAGAGAAGAGGAGAAAAUAAAGAGCCCGGAUCCAAGUGCAGUGCCUGAUCAAGUCGAGCGUGCAAAUUAAAAGCGCACAGUAGCAGAGCAAACGAAGCUUCUUUGUUAUAUGUAAGCUCAACAACAUGGAAGUGGCAACAACAAACAAUCACAGUCAAAGUCAUCAUCAUCACCAUCAUCAUAAUCAUCAUCUGCAAGCGCAUCAUCAUGGCAGCGGCCCUGGUGGCGGUGGCGUUGUCAGUGGCAGUGGCAGUGGUUCCCGCUCGCCCUUUCAGCGUGAGGUGCGUGAAUGGCAACGCAUCGAUCCCGACACUGGAGCUCUGUUCAGCGGACGCUUGGAAGCAGAUCGCUGGAUUAAUGGACCAUUGAAUAGCUAUGGCAAGAUAUCCGAUUCCCAAAACAUCUCACAACCCAAUGGUACACAGCACACACAGCGCAAACAGUUUGAGGUGCUGCAGUCGCGCACUGCCAAUGGCGCCAUGCAGGUGAUACGCACACAAACAGUACAAAAGACCUCAUCCACCUCGCGUUGGUCCUCCUCCACAUCCACCACAACCACGAGUGGGCUGAGCAGCUCAAACAACAAAUCGCUCAGUUCGCAUUCACACUGGGCGCCGAUUCCAGCGCUCAGUCAAAGCGUUGACAUUUGUGAGGUUAGUGAUGAUGAGGCCGAUGAUGGUCAGAACAGCAGCAGCGACAGCGAUGUUGUCGUUGUUGAUAACAGCGCCAAUGAGGUAACAGCCAUAGAGCUGAGAAACGGCCACAGUCAGGCAGAGCUCGUUGACGAUCAUGUUGAUUUUGUUGUGAUUAAUGGACACGAUCCAGACGACGAUGACGACGCCGAUGCCGAUCCCGACCACCACUACAACGCUGGUCAUUUGCACAAGCCAGGCCACAAUUUGUUACUCGAUACGGCGCCAAGUUUGAAAUUGAGCAAUCUAAUGAAAAGCAGUUCGAGCAUUUCCAGCCAAAGCAGCAACAAUUCAAACCUAACAACUGCAGCAACAACAUCGCUGAGCAACACCCACAGAAACGCGAGCAAAAUAAGCCUACAUGCAAUUGUUGGCCAUGCGACAGCCAAGGCACAAGCUCAGCCAGCAACUACAACACCAACAACACCAACAACAGCAGCAGCAGUGGCAGCAGCGGCAUCAUCAGCAACGUCGUCAACGCCGCCAUGGCACAAGCGACUCUCGGAGCAACCUGACUUAUAUGGCAACAGCAACAGCAGCAAGCUUAAAGUAUUGCGCGUGGGCGGUAGCGGUGGUGGUGGUGGUGGUGGUGGCGUUGGUGCUGGAGCUGACGUAGCGUCGCCAACGCAACGUCGUGAUUUGGAAAGUUUCCGGCAUUAUAACGAUGACGGCAAUGAGAACGCAGCAGCAGCAGCCGCCGCCGCCGCCGACGAUGAAGAUUUGCGCCUAAGUGCGCGCCAUCAGCGUCGUCAGCAGGUCUCUCGAUCGGUUUAUGCGCCACCCGUGCCCGCGCCAGUUCCUUUGCAACGCUCACGAUCCAUAUCCACGGAUGAUCUCAGCAACGACUGGGAGCAACGAAAUUCCGAUGAGGAGCCUGGCGAAUGGCGACGUGUUAGCAAGCUUCGCAGAUCUUUUCAAUCGCAUGACUAUCAUCAAAAGACAACGCCUCCGGUAGCUAGACGUCCUUUGGAUUUACCUACGAAUUCGGUCAGCGUGGCCCGCAUGCGCGCCGAGCUGGAAAACGGCAGACGUUUAAACACAGCCAUGCGCAAUAAUCACGUCGAUUUGGCGGCACUAGAUACUAUAUUGAAUACCCCCACAACAGCAACAACAACAACAACGCCGCUGCUGAAACCUACAGUGGCCAAGCGCAGCACAUUUCUAACGGCCGAGUCGCUACAGGAAAUUCGGGGCAAGCUGAAGAAACUCUCAGAUGAAAGUCUGUAUAAGGAAGACUUUUUGGCUUAUCAAGCGCGAAGUGUUGAGCCCGCGCCCCCCCUACCCGAAGAGCAUAAGCAGCCACCAGUGACAUCUGCCUUUCGACCCGUACAUAACACGCACAGCCUAGAAUCUCGUCAAAGACAAAAGGACACCAGCUCCAGUGAGUGGCAUUUGCGACGCAAGUCAUACGGAUUUGAAAAGAUGUCGCCACCAGAAGAUAAAAGUAUCUUCCGUGUGGAUGCCUCCACAGACAGCGGGCUGGGACGUUCUGGUGAACAACUGGGCAAUUGGUCGCCCACCGAGCGCAAUGCCGGAGGCGUCACCAAUGGCGGCACUAUCAUACAUUUUGGAGCAAGGCGCCAGCCCAUUCGAGGAGCAAGUCCCACAAACGAAGGCGAGCUGACCAAACGUCAUUCAAUAGCUGUGGAAGAAACCUGGCGUGAUAUGCGCAAGACCUCGCAGGUGCAUGUGAACGGCAAUGUGGAGACAAGCACCAGCACCAUAACAAGUCACUUGCAACAACAACAGCAGCAGCAGCGGGGUAGCGCACAAAAGCGUGUUGAAUUCUGCAAGACCGAGGUACACUUUGCUGCCGAGUCGGGACGUGUGAAUAUUGUAGAGACGGACGGCAAACCACCGCCUACGCAAAACUUUCGCCGGCGAAGGCGAACAGCGAGCGGACCACUGCAAAGUUUGGUGAAGUCGGCCAGCACUGUCAGAGACAACGUGACCCACUUUGGUGAUGACACACAGCGUCGCAAGACCAUUUCCUCCAGUACGGUAGCAUAUCGAGCCACUCUUAUGGAUCCACCAGAAGUGGUCAGCCAAGAGAUCGCCAACAGCAGUGGCACACAAGUCACAGUGACUACGAUGCCCAAGCCACUUGAGACCCGUUACAGCUUGCUGGAAAGCACCUCAUGCAAUAGCUAUACAUCGACUAGUGGUGUGGAUACGACCGAUAAUGAAACGGACGAGCUAUGCAACAUACGCGGCAUAUUAAAGAAUAAGCCUGUGAAGCCCAAGCCCUAUCACUUGGGUGAGAACAUCGAGAGCGCCGAAGUGCUAUGGAGCGUGCCGCCAACUUUGAAGAGCGAACGGGAGAGUCCGCUGGGCAGGGAGUGCGUUUCGCCGGACGACUCCAGCAUAAGCACCAAGUCGGUGGCCGAACGUGUUCGCAUUGUUGAGCAACGUCAAUUCGAUACCAGCUCCAGCAACUCACAGCAGAUUUCAUCACCAGCCGGCAACGGCUACUCGACCAAGAUCAAUUUAAGCCUCGGCAAUGACGACUGGACGGAGACAGGUAGGUUCUAUCCUAAUUAUAUCAGAACUGGACAUCGUCGUGCCAGCGCUCAAGAGCUGCUAUUGCAAGAUUUGCGUCAACAUCAGCGCAUUCUAGAUGAAGGUCUCAAGUCUACUUCGCUCAUUAUGAAAACAAUGCGGUCAGCCAGCGAAUUUGAUGAAGCAAUGCGUCGUCUGAGCAUCGCAUCUAUAGAAUCCGCUCUCAUGCAGCCAACAAUUGUGAUUCCCACGCCAAUGUUGCGCUCUCAUAGCUAUCAGGAGGGCUCGCAGACAUCUCGUAGAAGCUCAACAACGUCUAUCACCAGCAGCGAUCUAUUCGGUAGUGCGCUCUACGAUUCGCUUCCAAGAAACAUACCACUAGCCCCACCACGUCUCAAACUACUGGGCAAUACUCAAAUACCCGUGAGUCAACAGCUGACGCAAUUGCGACGCAUGUACGAUGCGGCCGAGGAGCAGGAAGAUAGUGCCGAUGAGGAGGUGAAGCGUUACUUUCGUGACAACAACAACAGCGACAGUGGUGGAGGCACUCAGGACAGCUCCUCCCUCGAAGAUGUUCGCAUAGGCAGCGAGUAUUCGAGCAGCUGGAGUCGCUUGAAGGCAAAACGUACCAUCUGGAAGAUAGAGGCGCAAGAGCAAACCUUCCGACGUGCAGACUUACCCAAAUCGAAUGUUAUGAAUAUUGCCCUACAUGCGCCCAAGUUGGAAAAACCCAAGCCCACGCCACCCACUUUACGCAUCGGCCAGCUGGUGCCAGUUGCCAAGCCACGCACUCUAUUUGUGCAGCCCCAACCGCAGCCGACAGGGUCGGAUAAUGCCGAUGAAUCGGGCAAUGAAUCGCUGAAGAUUGUCAAAGAAGCUCGCGGUGCGCGCAAACUACGUGAGCAUGAACUCUCCUACUUUGGCGUACAGCAGCAGCAGCAGCAAUCACAGUCAAAUUCUCCUUCAACGAAAAUCAACACGACAUCCACAGCAACUACUAAUCCACGACGCACGCUGCCAUCGCGCAGCAAACUAACACAUAACGAAGACGCAGUGCAGCCGGCAACGACGACAUUGACGACAACGACAAAAUGGCAACUGCUCAACGAUCGGCCGGAUUUGCUUAGGCACAGUCCGCACGGAAUCGAAACACAGCAGCAGCAGCAGCAGAAGCAACAGCAACAGCAGCCGCCACCAACUGUCCCCGAGUUUGAUGAACACUGCUAUGAGAACAUUGCCAACGAGCUGACCACCACAUUUCGCAUUAAGUCACCAUCGCCCAGCUAUGAACGCAAAGCAGACUUGCAGCGUGAUGCUCAAAUUCUGAGCGAGAUGACGCGCAACGCUGAUCAAACGUUGAAGGCACUCUCCGAUGAGGCUGCUCUCAAGGAUCAGCGACGUCGUUCAUCCUCGCUGCAGCGACGCAGUGCUAAACCACUCGAAACCAUAGAUGAGAAGGUCUACAAUGCAGAACGUCAAGCGUUGAGCGUAGCCCGUGGCACUUUUGCUUCCGAGGCUCGUCGUAACUCACGCCACUCCACACCCUCUCCGACACGUGCACGCAGCUCUUCGCAGUCCUCCAUCGAGUGCUGUCCACGGGCUCGUUCGCGUUCGCUGUCCAGUGAGCGGGAGUAUGGCCCAUCUAAGACGCGUACUCGCUCCAGUUCACGCGAGUCCGUCACACAUGGCGCUGGUGGUUCAUCUGAUGAGCAGGUGACAAAAACACACACCGAACAGCGACUGCGCACGCGUACCCCAAAGCGUGAGAGGUCGCGCCAUGAAGAGGCGGAGCGUCCACGGCACAACAGCAGUAGCAGCAGUAAGCAGCGUUCAAGCUCAAAUGCCGACCCUAAACGCACGCAUCAGCACCACAGCAGCGGAAGUCGUAGUCGACAUAGGGAGCUGGAAAAUGGCAGCUCGUCCAAGCACAGCUCGGGAACUCGUCUUGUGCGCUCGUCGCGUGUGAGUGAAGAGAGUCGAGCGCGUGCGAGCGGACAACGAGCAGCCGAACGUUCGCGUGCUGGUGAGAAGCACCGAGAAGAGCUGACGCGCUCGCAUGGUCACUCCAGUCGUUCAAGACACAGUGAACAGCAACAACAACACUCGACAAGAGAGAGCAAACCGGGCAAGCCCAGUCACCACAGCUCCAGUUCUACACGAAAUCACGAAACAACAAACACAACUACAGCGGCACACAAAAAGUCUACAACAAAGUCCACAAGCACAACGAAAGCCAGCACGCACAAAGCCCAUAGCAUUAGCAACAACAACAACAGCAGCAACGAACUGACGUACGUAUACGUAACAAAUUUAGCCAAUACACAAACCAGCCAGCUUGAAACAGAACCAGCAACACCAACAAUUGAGGACGACGAAAGGCAUUAUGCCAGCAUAGAUGAGUUGGUGGCCACGCCCACGCCACCGGCACCGCCGCCGCGACGCAAGCGCAAGCCCUCACUGAUACCAGUGGCCAUAAAGCAACAGCAACAACAACAACACAAACAGCCCACCUAUGAGCACCGCACCAAGCUGGAAAUGAUUCCGCCCAGCUAUUCGAAUCAAUCGACGCUACGCUGUCGCAGCUUAGCCAAGCGAAAGCCACCUCUGAAGGGCACCCAAUCCACCAGCUCCUCCUUUGCCUUCCUGCCCUACCUGCCCGCCAAACGCAACUCGAAUGUGAGUCAUGUCUAUGACAAUUAUCUGCUUUAUGCGACGCCCAGCACAACAGCUGCCGAAAGCAAACUGCGGCCCUAUCAGCAUAACUUGAUUAAUGAGCAUGCCCAGCUGUUUGGCGGCGGAAGAGGCGAUGGUGCUUUUGGGCAACCGGGAGGCGGGCGCCUGGGCUUUGGCAAAAGGCUUCGCAUGCGCCAAGUUCGCAGCAGCGUCUCCACACAUCAGCCCUUCGGCAUCUGCACAUGUUCAUAGUCAGCGCGGGAGAAACAAA